GACGCCUCGGCCUCGGCAUCCACCUGCUCCCGCCCAAGCUCGCUCCAGUCAGGAGUGGCCAACUUUAGUGAGAGACACCCACGCCGCGUGCCCGGACCUCUUUUCCACCACGGGGACUUUGUUUCACGCUGUUUUUUUUCCCACGACAUGUGGAUUGUGGCCGCUCGCUUCUGGUGCUCUGUCAAGAAGAGGAACAUUUCCGAUUAAAAUGAAUGCCUCGCAGUAAUAACCAAGCGGCGAAGACGCUCAGGUACCGCGGAUCGUUCAGAAGACGCACCGGGAUUUUAAUAAUAUUAUUGAUUUCAACUUGGACACGGACGUGAUCGAUAUAUUGGAUUUUUUUUUCAAUGACUGAACCAGACUGGCUGUGAAGUUUGCCCCAUAAUCGGAAAGCUUUAAUAAGCAGAUUUGUUUUGUUAAAUCACUGAUUGUGUGCUACUGGUUGGUCGACUAUGCAGUUGGACGGUCUGUGGACGGUCCACACCCUCCUGGCGCUGUGCGGCUUUGCUCUGGGUAACCCACUGAGCAAUGAACCACUUGCUGCACCUCGCGUCUUCAUCUCCUUCAAAGAGUUGAGAUCUACCGGCACCGCUCAUCAUUUCGCCUACCUCCUCAACACCUCCGAUUACCGGAUCCUGCGCAUGGACGAGGACUAUGACCGCAUGUACAUCGGUAGCAAGGACCACAUUCUGUCCCUGGACCUCCAUGACAUCAACAAAGAUCCUCAUAUCAUCCACUGGCCAGUGUCUGAACGAAGAAGGAUGGAAUGCCUCGUGAGUGGGAAAGACGCCAACGAAGAGUGUGCCAACUUCAUCCGUCUGAUUGAGCCAUGGAACAGGACACAGCUAUACGUUUGUGGGACAGGCGCUUACAAUCCGGUCUGCACCUUCGUCAACCGUGGACGCAAAUCUCAGACGUCCAUGUACCUCCAGAUGGCCCAGGCCAGAGGACGGGCUAGCCGCGCCGCUGAGCCCAGCGCGGUGCAUGAGACACUUGGACUAAAGGAGGACAUUUUUCACUUGGAGCCCGGCAAAGUGGAGUCUGGGAAAGGAAAGUGCUCCUACGACCCGAAGCUCAACAGCGUUUCGGCUUUGAUUAAUGGCGAACUUUACGCUGGAGUCUAUGUUGACUUCAUGGGAACGGAUUCAGCCAUUUUCCGGACUUUGGGGACCAAGACCGCCAUGCGAACCGAUCAGUACAACUCCAGAUGGCUGAAUGAUCCCACUUUCGUCCAUGUCCACCUCAUUCCCGACAGCGCAGAGAGAAAUGAUGACAAACUCUACUUCUUCUUCCGGGAGAAGUCGUCAGAGAUGGGCCAGACUCCCGUGACCCAGUCCCGGAUUGGCCGCAUCUGCCUGAACGAUGAUGGAGGUCACUGCUGCCUGGUCAACAAGUGGAGCACCUUCUUGAAGGCCAGGCUCAUCUGCUCGGUGCCGGGGGCCGACGGGAUGGAGACGCAUUUUGAUGAGCUUCGGGAUGUUUACAUUCAGCCAACACAAGACACCAAAAAUCCUGUCAUCUAUGGAGUUUUUUCUGUUUCUGGGUCGGUAUUCAAAGGCUCGGCAGUGUGCGUCUACUCCAUGGCCGACAUCCGCAUGGUCUUUAACGGACCCUUUGCACACAAAGAAGGUCCCAAUUACCAGUGGGUGGCCUACACCGGAAAGAUCCCGUACCCCCGACCAGGCACGUGCCCUGGAGGUACGUUCACCCCCAACAUGAAGUCCACUAAGGACUACCCGGAUGAAGUGAUCAACUUCAUGAGGAAUCACCCCGCCAUGCACAAUCCGGUGUACCCAGUCCACAAGCGCCCCCUAGUGGUCCGGACCAACGUGGACUAUGAGUUCACCACCAUCGCCGUGGACCAGGUGACGGCGGCAGAUGGCAACUAUGAGGUGCUUUUCUUAGGAACGGACAAAGGGACCGUUCAGAAGGUUAUCGUUCUGCCCAGGGAUGACCUCCAGACUGAGGAGCUGGUCCUGGAGGAGGUAGAGGUCUUCAAGGUUCCAACUCCAAUUACGACAAUGAAGAUCUCAUCCAAAAGGCAACAGCUGUACGUGUCAUCCGCGGUCGGGCUGACCCAGCUGGCUCUUCAUCGCUGUGACGUGUACGGCGAGGCGUGCGCCGACUGCUGUUUGGCCAGAGACCCUUACUGCGCCUGGGACGGGAAGUCGUGCUCCCGUUACUCUGCUUCCCAGAAGAGGUCUGACCCCUUUAGACGUAGCCGGAGGCAGGACGUCAAGUACGGGAACCCCAUUCGCCAGUGUCGAGGCUUCAACUCCAACGCUAAUAAGAAUACUCUAGAGAUGGUACAGUACGGGGUGGAGGGAAGCAGCACCUUCUUGGAGUGUCAGGCCCGCUCCCCCCAUGCCGUCGUCAAAUGGCAUCUCCAGCGAGACAACAGCGACCGCAGGAAGGAGAUGCGUUCUGACGGGCGGAUCUUAAAGACAGAGCAAGGUCUCCUCCUGCGGUCUCUGCAGCCCUUUGACUCCGGAAUGUACCAAUGCAGCGCCACAGAGAAGAACUUCAAGCACACCCUGGUCAAGCUGCAGUUGGUGGUUCUGUCCAGCCGCGCCGUCAAUAACGUGAUAGUGGAGGGCGGGGCGGGGUCGCCGCCAUCCUCGCUCCACUCCAGCACCCAGUGGACCCCCAGCGCGGGCCAGUACAAGGACCUGCUGACCAUCCUGAGCCAACCCGAGAUGAGCCUCAUCAAUCAGUAUUGCCAGGACUACUGGCAGUUCGGAGACCCCAUGCUGGGCCCCCUCAAGGUCAAAGACCUGAAGGAGCUCAAGGAGCAGAAGAAGCCCCGCAACCGUCGGCAUCACGGUGAGGCGGAGGAGGAAGAUGAGCGGGAGGAUGCAGAGACAUGAGGAGCCCAAAUGUGUCCAAAACACCCUCGACCGCCCCCCCCCAAACCCCUCCACCCCACCCUGUGAAAACUGGGAGAGACUCAUUGAGAGAAACGAGGAAAAAAAAAAGCACACGCAAACCGGGAAAAAAUACAAAAAUGAAACGGAGAAGAUGCGGCUUCGAAGCAUCCCCCCCCCCCCACAUGCAUUGUUUCAAACAGUAAGAUAUAUGCUACUCAGUAUUUAUUGUAGGUUGUACAUAGUAUCAUUCUGUGUAUUUCUUUGUACUUAAAGAAAACCAGGCUCUUCGUGUAUAGGUAACUUUGGGGCAAUUAUUGUUGUUGUUGGUGUUAAUUUUAUUGUUGCUGUUACUGUCAUUGCAUCACAACAUGGCGGGCAGGUAAAUGUUGGGUAACCGAAUCGCUUUCUCGUUUUUGUGUACCAGGACAAGAACAGAUGACAAUAGAUAUAAAUAUGAAAGGGCGGGGCUUUACCAAAUACAAACAUAAUAUGAACUGAGGCGGUGGUGCAAUAAAGGGUCAAGUUUUUGUACAAAGGGCAUUUUUUUUUUUUUUUAAAGGGCCGGCAACCGGGGCCAAAUGCAACAAGCACAAUUGUGGACUUCUGUGAAUAAAAAUAGUUUAAGUCGGAGCGAGGUGCCUGGAUCUGUUUGUUUCUGUCCUCUGACGUCCAUGUUGGGGGGAAAAAAGGCCCAUUUACUGUAUCCACAACUGAGCAUCGUAACAAUGUUGUGACACUAACCAAAUAUUGGGAAGCUGGCUUUCUUUGUGUGCAUGAAAAUGUAUUUGUACUGUAAUCCUGAUAAGAUGUGUGGUCUGUUUUUGUUUCCGUUCACCAUCCUACGGGAUGUAGAAUAGGACACGACAAGCGAUGCUACCACAGUACACUUGGUAGAGCAGUACAUGUAAACGUGCAGCAGAAGCAUAUGGUGCAGCUUUUACUUGACGUGAAAGAUUGUGCGUAUGAUUUCAAAUCACCUGCGGAUCAUGAGAGUUUAUUUGUACUCUCUGUGUAAAUGAAUAUUAAUAUAAAAAAAAAUAUAUGGUGCGCUUGUGCCUCUAUUGACUACAGUCUUAAAAGUUAUUUUGCAGUAUAUGCAAAGUAGGUUUCACUCAAUAAAGUAAAUGCCCUGAACACUCCGAGAAGAUCCGAACACCUCUGGGAUGAUGCAUCCCGACUGUCGAUGUAAGAUGUCUGUCAAAUUUCGACAUAUACAGCAAAAAAUACAAAGAAAGUUUGUACAACAUGUAUUUUUUAUCGUGGAUUUACUUUUCCGGUGUCUGUAGUUUUUUGCCUUUUCCUUUUAGCGUCAUCGAGUUGAAAGAAAAAAGACAAAAUGCAAUGAGGUGAUGUUAUUGUGAUGACCUAAAUGUGUAAAUGACUCGUAUCCUCUCGUUCCAUUGUGUUUGCUGACUAAUAAAUUAAAGCUCUAUAUUUUUUAAGAAUGGAAUGCUUCCCCCGUCAUUGUGAUUAACUCGAUACUGAAUGUUUUCCAUGUUCUGCCCAGAACUCUCUGGAAUAAAGUUGUACCUGUUGAAGAAAUAUUGGAU